UUUUCAAGAUUUCACACGUUUGUAACUCUUUUCUUGUACAACCUUAUAAGUUAAGUCGAGGGUCAAAGCCGUUUGUGAUAUGCCAAUUUCCACACUAUCGUUUUUGAGUCAUCUGUGGCUGUAACUUGUAGCAGCAACUGAGCAAGAAAGCAACCAUGGAUGCUGUGACUCAGUGGCAGAAACAGUGGUUCGACUACACCCAGUCUCUGCGCCGAGAGGGAUUCUUGGACGACCAGUUUGCACAGCUAAAGAAGCUCCAGGAUGAAAGCAGCCCAGAUUUUGUGGUUGAGGUUGUUUCUCUUUUCUUUCAAGAUUCUGAGAAGCUUCUCAACAAUAUGGGCAGGGCUCUAGAACAGAAUGUUGUGAAUUUCAAACAGGUAGAUGCGUACGUCCAUCAAUUCAAGGGUAGCAGUGCCUGGAUAGGUGCAUCAAGACUUAAAAAUGUAUGCAUCAACUUCAGAAAUUCUUGUGAGGCCCAGAACCUUGAAGGGUGUUUGAGAUGUUUGCAACAAGUACAACAAGAAAGCUCUGCAUUGAAGAGCAAGCUUGAAUACUUAUUUAUGUUGGAGCAACAGAUCGUGGCUGCCGGCGGGUCAAUUCCUAUUAUGGAAUAAAUUCUUUGAAAGAAUCCCCUGCUAGGAAAAACGUCGAGAAAUAUGGGAUGUCGCAUAAUUUACCGGAGUUCUUUUAGUUUUAAGAUUGAAUUUACUUUGACUUAGUGAAAAGUUUCCUACAUCCCCCCUAGCGUUUUGGUAACAAUGUAGCUUAAGAACUUGCUUAGAGUAUGUAAGGCUCUGUUCUGAGACUCUAAACAUCAUUUUAUCAUCAUUCUUACUGAGGAAGUUGUUAUUAUCUAACUUGAGUUAUGGCCAAAGCCCAUAUGAUCCAAUUGGUGAAAUGAUCUCCUGCA